AUGGAUCCCAUUCUCGAUGGUUUGAACUCGGCCCAGCGCGAAGCGGUUACCUCAUCCGCAUCCAUCCUCCAGGUGCUUGCGCCGCCGGGCUCGGGCAAAACCAAGACGCUCACGGCGCGCGUCGCGUACCUGCUUUCCCAUCAUGGUUAUCAACCCCAGGAUGUUAUCUGCUGCACGUUCACGAUCAAAGCGAGCCGGGAGAUGCGCGAACGUCUGGCGAAGCUUAUUGGAGAGCGAUUGGAAUCGCGGUUAAUUCUGGGCACUUUCCAUUCGAUCUGUCGGCGGUAUUUGGUGAAGUAUGGGUAUUUGAUUGGGCUGCGGAAGGGAUUUGGGAUUGCGGAUUCCGACGAUACUCGGGCAAUUCUUCGGAGGAUUAUCAAGCGCUUGAAAUCCAGCAUGGAGAUUCGGACAGCUCAAGGGCGGAUCUCCAAACACAAGGCCCACGGGCUCUCUCCAGACGCUUUGGCUGAGCGCGUCAAAGCAGAGGAAAUGGAGCUUGUUCAUAUAUACCGCGCAUAUAAUACAGCGCUUGCAGAGGCAAAUCUUCUGGACUAUGACGAUCUGCUCUUGCGCUGCGCCGAUCUCCUCAGAGAGCAUCCAGAAUGUGUUUCCAAUGUGCAAACAGUCCUGGUGGAUGAGUUCCAGGAUACCAACAUCAUCCAGUAUGAUCUGAUGAAUCUGUUAGCUUCGAAGAAUCGGCGCAUCACGAUUGUCGGUGACCCCGAUCAAAGUAUCUACGGAUUUCGUUCAGCAGAGAUCCAGAACCUCAGACGAAUGCAGAAGCGGUAUGUGAACACAUCGGUCAUCCUCUUAGAAUCCAACUAUCGUUCUUCGGGGUCAAUCCUGAAUUCUGCACAAGACGUGAUUGAGCAAGACACCACGCGACCUGCGAAAAGGCUUGAGGCAACUCAUACAUUUGGAACCCUUCCUGUACUCAGAAAACUGCCCAAUCCCAGCGCAGAAGCUCUCUGGAUGGUUCUCGAGAUUAAGCGAAGCGUGGCGAUGACGGGCGGUCUAUUGAAAAUGUCUGAUUUUGCAAUUCUCCUUCGGUCAGCCUCACUAUCUACUCGCAUCGAAACUGCAUUUGGCCGAGCUGGAAUCCCAUACAAAAUGGUGGGAGGCCGCAAAUUUUUCGAUCGGACCGAGGUCAAGACUCUCUUGAAUUACCUCCGAGUCGUGAGCCAUACAGAGCAUUCAGAUGCGCUUCUCGGUAUUAUCAAUGUUCCACCGCGAAGAAUUGGUGAUGAGACUAUCAAGCAAUUGACCAUUGGUGCUGAGCAGGCCCAGGUCACUCUGUGGACGUUCAUCAAGGACGUCAUACAAGGCCGUCGAUCGACUGAAAAGAAGCUGCAGAAGGCGGCAGAGCAAGGGCUUUGUUCGCUCAUGAAGUUAAUCGAGGCCUCCAAACAGAAACUGCAGGAUUGCCAAGAUGCAUCUGCUCCUCGUGUUCUUCUAGAGUAUAUCACCGAAAGCCUGUCGUUCCAAGAGUAUCUUCUCAAGACUUAUCCGCUGGACGAAGACGGUCGCUGGGCGAAUGUCAAGGAAUUGAUGGGCCAAGCCAAUGAGGUUGCGGCUGCUGGGGAGGAGGCAAGCCGGGAAGAAGACCUCCCUGAGAUUGAAGGCGUCAAGCAGCAGCAAGCCCACUCGGGAGAAGAGGCUUUGUCCCGGUUUUUAGCCAAUGUCGCCUUAGCCACCGAGGCACAGACGCAAGACGAGGGCGAACAAACAUCAGAGGUUACCAUAUCGACGAUCCACGCUGCGAAAGGUUUGGAGUGGCCGGUUGUCUUUAUUCCCGCAGUAUACAACGGGAGUAUUCCUCACUCGCGAGCAGAGGUGGUUGACGAAGAGCGGCGGCUCUUAUACGUGGCAAUGACCCGAGCACAAGCUCUAUUGUACCUGAGUCUUCCAAUACGACAGCCUUGGCUAGUCGAAGGAGAAGACGGGUCCACAACCUUGACACCGUUUCUUCCGCCCAAGGUGACCAAGACACGCUUUCGCCCGAAAGGCCCUCCAUUCCACGAAAAGGUAGUCUAUUCGAUCGCUGAUAUUCUACGCCGGCCACGACCAUCGCCUACGGACAUGUGUAAAGACAUUGCUUCGCUCCCGUCACUCUCGGAUGACAAGUGGACCUCCGAGGGCGAGGAGAAGCACGAUGAGAACAGCCAAUGGAACGACCACCAGGGCCCGAAUGGCCUGGUUCAAGAGCCGUAUCCAAAACGACGGCGCCCGGAUAACCAUGGGCCAACCUCAACCACCUACCUGUCUGCAGGCGGCUACAGCAUGGGCGGUUCAUCCAACUUCACAGUUGCCACCACGCUCUCGUCGGGCUUUACGUCCGCUCGAGAUUAUAUGACGGUAAACCCAGCUGACAACCAGGACACGACUACGCAGUCUACAUCUACAUCCUCCACUACGAACGGAGCCGGUCCAGGAAGCAAAACCAAGGCCCCCGGCAGCGUUAGCCGUAAAGAUAGCCUCACCCAAGCCAGUAUCUCGAACUUCUUUGGUGGCCCAGGGUCCUCGCAGAAGAAAGAUCCGAUCCCGGUCCCCUGUCCGCCAACUCCGCCAGCCGCAGCCGCAAGGAACCAUUUGACACCCCAUCCCGAUCCAGGGCCAGGCGCCAGCUUGGUUCCGCCGUCACUCUCUUCUCACCGUCUCCCACCACGACCCCUUCAUCCAUCCCGGCCGGCCCUUGAACCCGCCGAGCCUAACAAUUACACGUGGAUGGCGGCUCCGUCCCGGCCUGCCGUGAGAUCGGCCCGCAUGCUGACGCCGCGGCCACCGCAAGUGCAGGGGAACCGCACUGCGGACGCAGGGCCCGGGACCGGGGCAAGCGAUGUGAAACAGGGGAGCUCCGCUGGGGGCAUCCAAUCCGUGACGUUUCACACAACCACAAUGGCUACGGUCCGCCAGCAAGCCCCGGGGCCGACGGGACGCCGGACGCUGGGGAUUCGACGCAGUAUGAAUGGGUGGGAGGAGCGGAUGAAACGGGAGAGAGACGGCGGUGGUGGCCAGAUACGAUGA